CCUCGUGGUGGGAUUGGUGUCGGGAAUGGGCGGGGUGUUCUUUGCGUUUGCGUUCAUGGCUUUGUGCUACAGGUCAGUAGUAGUCCACAAAAAUUUCUCCCUGUGCCUAAGGCGCAAGAGUACUAUGCCCAAAUAUGAUGCCCCGUACCUGAAGAGGCCCAUUGUCAAGAAGCCUCCGCAGCAGCACCUGCAGCCCAUGAUGAGCAAGACAGAAGAGACAUCCCUGGAUAUGGGUAGUCGCAUUACUUUUGCCAACAUGCCUAGCUAUAGCAGGUCACUUGACUCCUGCCGAGAACACAAGCUUCAGACGAUGCGACGUUCUGGGCCUCCUGCCGGGGGGUCACAGUCAGAAGAGGAGGCACUGCAAUCAGGGGAGGACGAGGCGGUGUCGUUCAUUGAGCUGCCACCUAACAACCUGAGCAAGAUACCCGAGAAGGGAAUCCUGAAGAAGUCAUAUGGCCUCCUCACGCCAGCAGAGAAGGAGAAAUGGGGUGAGGAGUCCCAGAGCGACAACAACGAUGUUUUAAGUCAGAGUGAUAACAAUGCUGACCCUGAUAGCCAAGUCUCUGAGGUGGAACGCACACUGAAGAGUCUGAACGGCUACCAUGAGGACAUCAUUGAUGCUCUCAAACGAGCUGCAUCCCAUCGGUCUGGAGCCACUUCCAUGUCCUCUGAUGAGCUGCACACAGCCCAUCACGACACCUACCCUCGCUUCUCACACGGAGCUGCAGCUGUUGGUGGCCCAGCAGAAUUCACUAGACUGAAAGCUUCACAUGAAAAGCUUGCCGACUCAGGAGGAGAGGACGACCAGGUUCCACCUUGUGGUCCAAUCCGCAUUCGUAACUUGGAGGACUUGAUACGACAGCUAGAGCACCAUCCGUCACGUCACAUGUCGCCGUCAGGGUCAGAGGAGAUCAGAAUGAGCGAGACGGAGGCCGAUCGUCACUACCGCCUUGACUCGUCAUCCUGCACAGAGUCUCAAGGGUAUGUGAGGCCGUGGCGCAGAGGGCCAGAGUUGGGGCACGGGGACUUCGGUGGUCCUCUGGCGGGGCCCUCAGGUUCCCCUGGGACCCCCGGAGACAAAUUGGCAGAGCUGCUGCAGUUGGCUUCCCCCGAAGACCACGAGAGGAUCCUUCGCGCUGCGGCCAUGCUGUCCCCAGAGAGUCCCACAAGGGGUAGAACCGACAAUGGCGGAGUGGGUUUCGUAUAUGGCCGCUACAGACAGCCUCCGAGUAGCGGCAGUGGGACGGGGUCCGCUAGUGGGCGUGGCUCAGAUCGACUAGCUGGUGGCGGACACGAAUUCUCUGAUGGGGCAGACAGUCAUGCGUUUACAGAGGAGGAUGACCUGGAGAGACCUGAUGCAGGGGAGACAGCAGACUCAGAAAGGUUAUGGAGCAGUCAUCAGACGUUGUCUUACCACAGUUCAACAGGCAAACAUGCACUGCGGGGCAGGAGGCUCGCGUCGAAGACGAAAAUACCUCAAUGCUGCUGGGCAAUUCCCCCCCCAAUACUGUGUUACUAUGAGAGUGUAGCUGCAACCUCACCCAAUCAGCAUCCAGUCUCUUCAUCCAGCAGUAGCCCUCCUGACUCAUUGUCUCUCCACUGUCUAAACCAUGGAAAAAACAAAUGUGUUCACUGCAGUCACCACCCCUUCCCCUCCCACCUCAAAGGUCAGGGAAAUAAAGCCACCCACGCCCGGCCAGGGACGGCAGGGUCCAGAUCUGCAGCCAAAGGGAGUGCCACGAGCAGUCAUCCUGUGGCUGGCACGAGGUCAGCUUCCCGGGAUAGGACAAACAAUGGCCAGCAGCAACAUGGCCUCACAGUGCCAGCUCCUCUAUGCAACCAAGCAUGCCUCAAUGGUGCUAAUGCUAAUGCUUUAUCCUCAGGCACACAGGUAUCGUGA